GUAGCCUCAGUGUAGCUACAGAAAGCUCCAAUAAUGAGCUUUGUGCUCCAGAAGAGCCUAUGACCAGAGCUGGUGGAUGCUAGGAACAUAAAGAAAAAUGGUGUCUAAGCAAGCCUUCCUUUUUAGCUUGGGGUCCCUUUACCUUUCCCUCCUCUUCAUAUUUCUUCUUAUGGACGUCUAUGCAAGACCUGCAAACAACUCUGCCUUAAAAGAAAAGGCCUCGGACAAUAAAGAUGAAAAUGAAAUUUUGCCUCCAGACCACCUGAAUGGAGUUAAGAUGGAGAUGGAUGGACACCUCAACAAAGAAUUCCAUCAAGAAGUUUUCUUGGGAAAAGAGAUCGAAGAAUUUGAUGAGGAUUCAGAGCCUCGCAAAAAUAGGAGGAAGCUAGCAGCUAUCUUUUCAAAGGUGGACACUAACAAGGAUGACCGGAUUAGCGCCCAGGAGAUGCAGACCUGGAUCAUGAAGAAGACAGAAGAACAUUUCCAGGAAGCUGUCAAGGAAAAUAAGAUUCAUUUCCAUGCUGUGGACCCUGAUGCCGAUGGGCACGUGUCAUGGGAUGAAUACAAGAUCAAGUUUUUGGCCAGCAAGGGGUUUAAUGAACAAGAGGUGGCAGACAAGGUAAAGAAUAACGAAGAGCUGAAGAUCGAUGAAGAAACACAAGAAGUUCUAGAUAAUCUGAAAGACCGCUGGUUUCAGGCAGACAACCCUCCUGCUGAUCAGCUGCUAACUGAAGAAGAGUUCAUGUCUUUUCUGCACCCUGAACACAGCCGAGGCAUGCUCAAGUUCAUGGUGAAAGAGAUUGUGAGGGAUCUAGAUCAAGAUGGCGACAAAAAACUCACCCUCUCAGAGUUCAUCUCUCUGCCUGUUGGCACUGUUGAAAACCAGCAAGCCCAAGAUAUCGAUGAUGACUGGGUACGAGACAGAAAAAAGGAAUUUGAAGACGUUAUUGAUGCAGAUCACAAUGGAAUUGUCACAAUGGAAGAGCUGGAAGAAUACAUGGAUCCCAUGAAUGAAUACAAUGCUCUCAAUGAAGCUAAACAAAUGAUUGCCGUCGCAGAUGAGAACCAGGACCACCACUUAGGAAAAGCAGAAAUCAUGAAGUAUAGCGAGUACUUUACCGGCAGUAAGCUGAUGGACUAUGCCCGCAAUGUACACGAGGAGUUCUGAGUCUCCCCCUGCCCUGUUCUUAUUUAAGAUGGCUCCUCUUCCCCUUUAAAUGAAGGAGGUCUUGGUAAUUUCAUGGGUAAAAGAUCAGUCUUGUAGUUUAACGGGAAGAGGAGGAACGCCAGUUUUGCUGCUACUACCCAUGUGUGUUUUUAGUGUGCAGUAUUGGGUGGGGUGAUCGCCUUCCCUGCCACAUGCAAAUCAUUUCCAUGGCAGAAUUUGCACAUACGUAAUGGCUUUUGGUUGCUUCAGUCAUUUUUCACCACCCUAUUUUAUUGAUGAUGUAGAGCACCUGCAGGUCACCUCUCUGCUAUUCCCCUUUGCUAUAGUAGAGCUGUAAUGCAUCAGAGGCCUGACAUUUAAAGAGCCGUCCAUAUAAUGUGUCUUCUGCUAGCAUUCUCUGGUUGUUCUUGGUGGGGAAAUUUGCUUAUUUAUACAUUUGACACAGCUUUGUUGGGACACCAAGUGGAUUCUGCAGAAUAUAAAACGGAGUCCAUGACAUUUACAGACUGGCUUAUGUUUUAUCUACAUUGGGGAGUUACAUUAUUUGUGGAAAAUACACUGUGGUUUCGGGGUACAUUUUAAUAUUUAAUGUGCAUUAAUGUCCAACAGAUUAUACAAAAAAAGUCACAUAAUAUUCUAAAUGUGUUAUUUUCAAAUACAAAAUAAAUCUAAAAUUGUAAU